AUGUCAAAAAGUAUCCCAAACCCAACUGAUAUACGUGAAAGUAGAGUUUCAGAUUCCGAUAGAACCGAAUAUGCAAAACUUUACAAUAAACACAUAGAUGAGCAACCAUUUCAUUGGGAAUUUUCCGUUGUUCCUGGAAUGUUCAAACAAUCAUCAUCACAAACUGAUGAAACUACUUUCGACACUGUGAAAAGUCAUUUUGGUGUGAUUCCAACUUGGGAUGAGGUUGUUGAAACUUUGAAUAGCUUGAAUGAGAAUUCCAAUUCCGAUGAAGUUCAAUAUAAAUUGUUUAUUUUGGCUAGACAUGGUCAAGGUGUUCAUAAUUUGAAAUAUAACGAAGAUCCAGUAGCAUGGGACGCAAAGUGGAAUCGUUUAUACACUGAUGGAGUUAGCACUUGGGGUCCAGAUCCACAAUUGACUGAAUUAGGAAUUGAACAAGCUCUUGAUAAUAACAAAACAUGGAAGCAAGAACUUGUUAAUAAUAAAUACAACAAUAAGGAUUUGAUUAAACCAACAAGAUUCUUUUCGUCCCCAUUUAGCAGAUCCAUUGAUACUUUGUUUAAUACUUGGAAAGAUAUCGUUGACUUGAAAGAAGUCAAACCUUUAAUUCAAGAGCAAUGGAGAGAAACAAUUGGUAUGAGUACUUGUGAUCAAAGAUCUCCAAGGUCAGUAAUUGCAAAAAGAUAUGAAGAUUUAGGAUUUGUAAUCGAACCAGGUUUCGCUGAGGAGGAUAUUUAUUGGACACCAGAUCAUAGAGAAACAGUUGCCGAAUUAGCAUUGAGACAACAUAAAGGAUUUGAAGAAAUCUUUAAUAAUCAUACAAAUGAUAAAAUAGUGAAUAUAACAAGUCAUUCAAAUGCCAUUAGAGCUCAGUUAGUGGCUUUGGGUCAUAGACAAUUUGCUAUUAGUACUGGUGGCACAAUCCCAGUUUUCGUAAAAGCCGUUAAAGUUAAAUAG